AUGGCCACUCCGCUGCAAUUCAACCCAGCGCAGGAACAAGCUGUCGCCGACAUCCUAUCACGCCCUCGCGCCGCCAACACCGGUCCAUUCGCACAAUUCCUAAAUGUAUACGAUGCGUUCCAAGAGCGGAGAGAGGCAUUGGGCCUCAGCAACCCGGGCACAGUCGAGAACAUUGCGAGAGAGGUCCAGCGCGAUGUCUUCCUGAACAACUCCAGCUUCUCGGGCCUGCGCGCCGAGCUCACCAAGGCCUUCAGCGCCGCUCCUCUAUUCCAGGUUGCGCACUCGCUGUCCAUGGGAUCGCAGGUCAUGCCACCAUACUCAUACAUGGUUCUCUACGGAUCACCACGGGUGUUCAUGCAAGGAAACCUCGACAACGAGCUUGCUUUCUCCGGUCGCUUCAACUGGCGCUGGACGUCAGCAUUCGUUUCCAAGGCCGCCGUCCAGCUCACAUCACAAGGCAACAUGGUGUCGCUCGAGAACGACUACACCGGCGCCGACUUCUCCGCUUCACUGAAGGCUGUUAACCCCUCCAUACUCGAUGGCGGUAUCACCGGCAUGCUCAUGGCCAGCUACCUCCAGGCCGUCACCCCCAAGCUCUCGCUCGGUAUCGAUGCUUUCUGGACCCGCCCCGCUAUGGCAUACCCACCAGAGCUGAACGUCUCGUAUGCGGCACGCUACAGGGCUGUCGACUGGAUGGCGUGCGGUCAGAUCAUUCCCGACCGUGGUGUAUUGGAGGCUUCAUACUGGCGCAGGCUUACAGACAAGGUUGAGACUGGUAUCAACUGCAACCUUGCAUUCGCUGGAAUUGGCCCCGGAGGACCCAUGGCCGGACCACAGAAGGAGGGCAACGUCACAAUCGGUGCCAAGUACGACUUCCGUCAAUCGUCGUACAGGGCGCAGAUCGACAACCAGGGCAAGGUCUCGUGUUUGUUGGAGAAGAUGAUUGCGCCGCCAAUCCGCGUAACCUUCUCAGGCGAAAUCGACCACAAGAGCAACGCCGCCAAGCUUGGUCUGGCCGUUGCGAUAGAAGCCGCCGACGAGGCCGUCAUGGAACAGCAAGAACAACAGGGCGUCGCAAUGUCAGCCGGCUCGAUCCCCUUCUAA